UUAGGCUUUACCAUGUAGAGCCCCCCUGUUAUUUCAGGCUAUUUUUCUGUCCAGUUUAGAUUUAUUUCCAGAUUUAAAACAAUGUCCGAGCUUGAAGGUAGUUUAUCGUGUUCUUCGCAGUGUGCGGAAACACAACAUAACACAAAUACAGGUGAUAUCAAUCCAGAAACAGUUCAAAUCACUAACACCAAUAAUUCUCAGGUUGAUCAAGAGUCUCAGAGAGACAGCGAUCUCCUUAAAAGCUUGCUGACAGACAACUUUUGCCAUAUCUGUGAGGCAUCCCUACUUUACGAGUCCCAAAGAGUUUCUCAUUAUGAGGGUAAAAAGCAUGCCCAAAAAGUCAGGCUGUACCUGCAGAACAAGAAAGCUGAAAGUAACAAACGGACCCAGGAAUGCGGAGGCUUUGUGGUAAAUAAUAAAUCAAACAAAUUUGGAAGAAUCUUUACACAGCUCUCAGCUCUCUUUUGGAGAGGUCUCUCUGCAGACCCAGACAAGUUCUGUGAGCUGUGUAACAUGGUGUUCAGCUCACAUACUGUUGCCAAGUCUCACUACGUGGGCAAAGUUCAUGCCAAGAACUUGAGAAAAACCAACCCUCCACAAAUUAUAGUUUCUACGCCGACUUUAGAAUCUGCAACUCCUGUUGUCCAACCAGCAGAGGUUGCUGUGCCGAAUCACAUAGCUCAGGAGCAGAAGGACAGCUCUGGUGUGGGCGAUCAGGAGGUUGACCUCAGUGACCCCAACAAGUUCUGUUCGCUAUGCAGUUCUUCGUUCAACAACCCUGUAGUUGCUCAGCAGCACUACAGCGGCCGGAAGCAUCAGCGAAACCAGGCCCGACAACAAAUGCUGGACCAGAUCGGAGAUCAGUCAGAGCAUGUAAGCUCCCUGACUUGUCCGAUUUGCUGUCUGACCCUCAGUUCGGUAGAGAUGUACAAGGCACACAUGCAGGGAAACAAGCACCAAAUGAAAGAGAAAAAGGUUAUGGAGCUGUGUAAAUCUCAGAAGAAAGUGUACGACUCCUACCAGGAUGAGCUGGCUGACUACAUCCAGGUGCAGAAGGCACGAGGCCUGGAUCCUAAGGCAGGGCUUGGCACUGUGGGACAAGCAAGCAAGGAUCUGGAUGAGACUGUAAAUGAAAGUCCACAGACAGAAGAAUUGAUGCCACAUCCUGCCCCUCUGCUGCCUCCACUUCCUGGUUUCCAUCAGCCUAACUGGCCUCCACAAUUCCAAUCUCAGGUCAAUCAUUUUGGCUUUGGGAUGAGAGGGCCUGUACCACACUAUCAGCCUGGAUAUAUGCCCCACCCACCACCUCAUUUCAUACCUGGUCAGUUAUAUAAAAGAGGGCGGGGCCCUGACUCAUGUAGCUCCUCCUCUUACUCAGACUCCUCCUAUACCAGCAGCAGUGGGAGUGAAAGCAGCAGCAGUUAUGACAGCAGAGAGAGGAGGAAAACAAAGAGGAAAAUGAGGAAGCGAGGGAUGAAAAGGAGAGACCAGGAGGAUGAGGCUGAUAUGAACAGGAGAGGAAGAGAGAGAGAGGAACAGAAAAAGAGGUUGAAAGGAGACAGAAGAGACAUUGUGGAGGGCGAAGGGGAUAGAGAGACCAGGAAGUGCAAGAAAAGUAGAAAAAGGGAGAGAAGUUUGAGUGAAGAUGAAGAGAGUCGAAGUAGAAGACGACAGAGCAGGAGAAGUAAGAGACAUGGGGACGGACAGCAUGCAAAGAGACAAAAAGAGGCGGAGCUUAUAGAAAAAGAAGAGGUGGAACUUGCUGAGGAAAAGACAGAAGCAAAAGAUGGCAAACAAAAGCACAAAAAAGACAAGAAGAAAGGAAAAGAGAAGGUGAACCAAGAGGACAACAGGACAGAGGAAGAAAGACUCUGGGAUGAGACUAUUCUUGGUAUUUUUUAAAGGCAGAUGGCUGAUGGUUUGACAGUACUGUUAAAAUAAAACAGGACCUCAGAACAGAGGUUUGCUAAAAUCUAUUGGACUCAUCUCACUCUUUAUGUUAUGUUUCAUACAGUAAAUCUCAUAUGCUACUGCAGAUUUUAAGAUGUAUCUAGAUCUGCACUUCUCUUUCGGAGAAAUCAGUGGGUGAACCUCACGAAACUUGUCAAAUACAAGCCUGAGGUCAUGUUUCACCCCAAAAUCAAAAGGAAAGAAGACAUUUUAUGUUUUUAGGACCAUUAAGACAUUAUUUUAAUGACAAUUAAGCACAUUUCCCCCUCUGUUCUCAUUAUCGUAAUGCAAAAAAAAAAAAAGGUUAUUUAAAUGGUAAAGUAUUGUGGUCAUGUUUUUUGUGCUGUUGUAGAAUUUAAAUAAAAUUAUUGGAAUAUAAUUGGAAUAAUUGUCAUUAAAAUAAUGUCAUCAAAAUCUAUUAGGUCUAAUUGUCUUAUAAUUCUUAAUUUUUAUUUCUUUUGAUUUUUGGGUACAAUGUGACCUUUAAGGGUACAACAGCUUGUCACUGUGGCAGAAACCUAAUAGGUACACCCACUGUACUCUUUACAUGUCAGUUAGAAUGCAUUUGUAAAUUAUCUGUCCUGUGGAUGUUACUUUGAGGGUACUGCCCCAGUGACAAGCAGUUAUACCCUUAAAGGUCAAAUUUUUGCACAUUUUUCUGACAAUUGUUGUGAAGCAAAUAUGUCAGACAAAACAUACAACAUACUACAUACAAUAAAUCCUUUUGCACAAAUCCAUUUGUCAACAUGCUUUAUGCUUAGAUCAAAUAAACCCCUCCCACUGAUUAUUCCUGCAAAGAUCAAGUAUUUAUUAUCAAGCGGUUGUUUUCAUGAAUUUGUGGAGCAUUUCCACGUAAGGUCUUAAGGGGGCGCAUUAGCUUCACUGAUUUGCUGCACAUCUGUCUCUUCUGGAAAUGUCUUCGGUGUUUUGCCCAACUCAGUGUUCAUGACAGACAUCAAUAAUCAAUGCCAUUCUGUCUGCCAAGAAUGAAAUGAAUGAACUUUCCCAAUGGAAAUCUGAUAUGCAUACAGUAAACAAUUUUCUGUCAGAAUAGCUCAGACUGCUAUAAUUUGUUAAAGAUGCUUUUUUGUGUGUGUGUGAAACAGUAACACAAUGUCAGUCUCAUUCAAUGCUGCAUAUGUGGGAAUAUUUUAGUUUACCGGUCUAACAGGUGCUUCAGUUAAAUGAGGACACUGCCGUGACUGCUGCUCUGUUGACCUCCUUUUUGCUCAGAUAUGUACUAACAGUUACCAUAAUCAUGAAAGCAUAUUUAUUUUGUGAUUGUGUAGCAAAACUGAUGUCUAAAGUAUCGAUUAAACAAUCUGCCACUUGUAUUCAUGAUUUUGAGUCCACGUAUUUCUCAGGGAAUGUAUUGAUCAUGGGAACAUCUGUUUUUUUUAUUUUUUAUUUUUUUAUCAAAUAUUGUGAAAGUGUAUGUGUAUGUAUUUCUGUUUCAGGGGAAAUUACAUGGUACUUUAGCUGUGUGUGCUUGUUCUCAUGUCAUUUAUAGGAAUAGUUCACCCAAAAAUGAAAAUUCUGUAAUUAUUUUUUCACCCUCAUGUCGUUCCAAACCGGUAUGACUUUAUUUGUUCUAAAGAUAAUUAUUAAUUAUCUUGAUUAACCUUUUUUCCC